AUGGACCCGUUUAUUAUUGCAGCAAUUAUUAGUGCUAUCGUCAUUAUCGUAUUAACAAUUGCAUUUCUACGAGUGACACAAGUUAGACAAACGGGAGCAAAGCCAAGAGCUGUAGCGCAGAGAGAUGGAGCCCCUGGAAGAGUCCAAGCUGUCAGAAACCAAAGGGCAAGGAUGAGAGCAAAUGCUGCUAGACAUCAAGCAGCACUAAUUGAAGAAGAACCAGCAAUAGCUGAAGAAGAAGAAGAAGAUACCAUUCCAGAAGCUCCAAAAGAAUUUGAUGACAAAAUGGGAGCCAAGAAAAGGGCUAAAUUAGAAGCUAAGAUGGAAAAAAAGAAGGCACGCGAAGCUGAAGAACAAAUGCGGGAAAUUAAGAAGAAGCGAGAUGAAGAAAUGGAAGAGGAAAAGAAGAAAGUUGAGGAGAAACGAGAGGAAGAAGAACGUAAAGCAGAGGAGGCAGCACGCAAGAUUGAAGAAGAACGGAAGAGGAAGGAACAAGAAGAAUAUGAAGCUAUGAAAGCUGCUUUUUCAGUGGAAGGCGAAGGUUUCGAUGAAAACCCAGAAGAAGAUAAGGAGAACUUAUUGAAGGAAUUCAUUAACUAUAUUAAAGCACAGAAAGUAGUGUUAUUAGAAGACCUUGCAGCACACUUUAAAAUAAAGACUCAAGCAGCUAUCGACCGAAUAACCGAUCUUCAGUCAAGUGGCUAUUUAACGGGUGUUAUCGAUGACAGAGGGAAAUUUAUUUACAUAUCGCAGAAAGAAUUAGAAGAUGUCGCGAAAUUCAUAAAACAAAGAGGACGAGUGUCAAUAACAGAUUUGGCUGAAAGUAGCAAUGACUUGAUCAAUUUAAACCCUGUUACAGUAAAA